UCUUCAUAUGGAUCUUGAAUAUUAUUUAAAGACGCUCUUUCUCUCUUCUGUGACAGAUCUCUUCAUCAGUUCAAGCUUGUCACACUACUACUUAUAUACUACACGCUUUCUUUGUCUUCAACAUCUCUGUAUCAAACGGUAUAUACCUUCUGUUUGCAACACCUUUGAUAAUGGCCACCUGGUACUGCUGCAAGUGUAGCUUUGGUCCUCACAACAUGGCUCUCCACACAGCUUGCAUUUCAUGCGGACACCCGGCUUGCGAGCAUUGCACAUACGAAGACGCUGAUGCGGAUAUCACUCUCAGAGGAUCUGAGCCUAUUUCUCCUUACCCUUGUGGUCCUAUACCGUCUUCGCCAGAAAUGCCACAGGACGGAGUCCAUCUUUCCAACUCUGAGAUGGCUCUUUCCAUCCCAUCUGCACCCAUGCCGGUUCAAUCAUUAUCUGCCGUGGGACCCAACUUCUCUCGGAUCCAACAUGGCUCAUUCACUCGAGAAUUGUCCACGGCUCUCAUUGGCAGCCCCGGUAUGAGUCGCACCGACGCUCCAGUUGAUGGCUAUCUUUAUAUAUGCUGCCAAUGCGGAGACGGACCGAAGGUUUACGAUGUCCAACCUCGGUGCGUCACUUGCAAUCAUUCCGCCUGCAGUCGCUGCACACACGUCAGAUGAGCCUGGGCUCUUUCUUCGACCGAUAUAUCUGCGAUUAUGAGUAAGUCAAGCCCCAUUAUAAUC